AAUGUGUUUCUUUUUUGUGUGUUUUUCAGGUAUGAAUCCGCUUUACCGAAGACUGAACCGUCGAGGACUUUGAACAACUCUGCUCAAAUUCAUAUUUUUUCUUCAAGUAAUGGACAUUUUAUGACUUAUUUUUUGCCUCCAGUUUGAUCCUGAAGGAAAAGACUAGCCUUUAGCUCUCACAGCCCCACCCAUUAGAAGUCUUUAAAUUAAAACCAUGAAGUUUUACGACAAAAAAAUGAGAGAAAUAAGUGCCUGAAAAAAAAAAGCACAGUUUAUGUAAACCCGAGACGCUGAGGAUCUUAGGAAACAAUAGUAUGGCAGUGGGACCCGUAGACCCCCGAGACAUCCUGAAAGGUGUGGAGGCUCUCCUAGGGAAGGAUGGAGAGCUGCGCAGCCUGGAGGGCGUCCCAAAGGUGUUCAGUCUGAUGAAAGCUUCCACUAAGAUGGUCAGCAGGUGUAUGUACCUGAACAUCCUGCUGCAGACCAAGUCGCAUGACAUUCUCAACAGGUUCAUCAGGGUCGGGGGCUACAGGCUGCUCAACUCCUGGCUCACCUACUCAAAGACCACAAACAACACCCCCCUGCUGCAGCUCAUCCUGCUCACUCUGCAGAAACUGCCACUCAAGGUGGACCACCUCAAACAGAAUAACACGGCCAAACUGGUGAAGCAGCUCAGUAAGACUGCGGACACUGAAGAACUGAGGAAGUUGGCAUCGGUGCUGGUCGAAGGCUGGAUGGCGACGAUCCGCUCACAGAGUGUGGCAAGCAGCAGCAGCUCCCCCGCUGACAAGAAGAAGAAGCAGAAGGAGGAAAGCAAGGCUCCUGUGAGGGAGGUGAAGACCGUAGAAGAGGAGAAGAAGAAGGAGAAACCCAAGGCUCACGCUCCGAGUCACGCAAAGAUCCGAUCCAUCGGACUGGAGAUUGAUACUCCCAACCCCGCCCCCCCUAAGAAGGCACCCAUCCCCCUUCAGCUGGGAGACAAAUACAACAUCAAACCCCCGCUCCUCAAGAGACCCAGGUCUACAUCCGUCUCCAGCACGGGCCCCUCAGACGCCCCCCCACUGGAGAAGAAGUACAAACCUCUGAACAUGCCGUCGAACUCCCCCAAAGAGAUCAAAGUGAAGAUCAUCCCGGCUCAGCCGAUGGAGUGCACCGGCUUCCUGGACGCUCUGAACUCAGCCCCUGUACCGGGCAUCAAGAUCAAGAAGAAGAAACCUGGACCAGGUGCUCCACCAGGGACCAAGGCCGUCUCCCCCACCUCUAACAAGGCGAAUCCCUUUGAUGGCAAACAGCCGUUCUCUUCUGCUAAACCGUCAUCACCUGAAGGUACGUCCUCCGCCCAAUCUGAGGACAACCAGGACCUGGAGCAGCCCGGGACCCCGGUACCCUCUGAGGACCAAGAGAACUCUGAGAACGGUGAGAAGCCUAACGCGCUGUCGGAGCCUCGGGGAGAAGAAGAGCACUUGACAAAGAAAGGGAAGAAGAAGAAGACGGUUCACUGGGCCGAGGAGGAGCAGCUCAAACACUAUUUCUACUUUGACCUGGACGAGACGGAAAGAGUGAACGUGAACAAGAUAAAGGACUUUGGCGAGGCGGCUAAGAGAGAGCUGAUGAUGGACAGGCAGACGUUUGAGAUGGCCCGUCGUCAUUCACAUGAUACCAUGGAGGAGAGGGUCCCCUGGAGCCCCCCCAGACCCCUCACCCUGACCGGCAGCCUGGUGAUCAACGGGGCCAACAGCACAGAGAAAAUGACGCAACGAGACCGAGAGAUGGGGAUCCUGCAGGAGAUCUUCCUCAACAAGGAGAGUGUUCCUGACAGUCCUCAUGAACCAGACCCAGAGCCGUAUGAACCAAUGCCUGCCCGCCUGAUCCCGCUGGACGAGGACUCCUCCAUGAUGGAUGAAGGAUACGUGGAGCCCCUGGACCCCUCCUCCUCAUUGGCGGGCGCUAACCUGCUCCAGACCGAGAGCUCCAAGCUUCCCCCCGUCCUCGCCAACCUGAUGAAUCUGAACAACAACAGAAGCCCCCAGAUCAACCCCCCCGCCAACAUCCCCCCCACAGCGCCAAAUGUCAACGUGCAGGAGCUACUCACCUCCAUCAUGGGGGCGUCUGGCGGUCAGUCGACUGAAGAUCUGAUCAAACAGCCGGACUUCUCGGACAAGAUCAAACAGCUGCUAGGCUCCCUGCAGCAGAGCCAGAACCAGAACCAGAAUCAAGCAGGACCCCCACCAGUGAACCCGGGUCUUCUGGGUCAUGGUCCAGGCAUGAACAACAUGAACAACAUGAACAUGAACAUGCACAUGCAGAUGCCCAUGAACGGGGGCUACCCCCCCAACAACCCCCCCGGUGGACCCCGCUUCAACCACCCCCCACCUCCGCACAACCACGGACCCCCCUUCAACGCUGGUGGGCCACGCAUGAUGGGACCCCCGCCCGGCCAGGGCCGUGGUGACAAUGGGAACUACUGGGGCGACGACUCCAUGAGGGGUGGGCCGCACCGAGGCGGACCUUUCCACAGAGGAGGGCGGGGCCGAGGGGGAGAGCCGGGCUUCAGGGGGCGGGGCCGAGGAGGACCCCGAGGAGGACACAACAACAUGAACGACAUGUCUAAGAGGCCAGUGUGUCGUCACUUCAUGAUGAAAGGCAGCUGCAGGUAUGAGAGUAAUUGUGCCUUUUAUCACCCGGGUGUGAACGGACCCCCACUUCCCCCAAACCACCCCGCUCACAACCAGCACCCCCAGCACGGACACUAGGGGGCGCUGCAGCCUGAGGACACUAUGGUGCAAUGCACCCCGAGGACACUUGGGGGCGCUGCAGCAUGAGGACACAUCUGAGAUCAGUGUGCGAGGAUCCUCUGAGGACUGAUGACAUUGCACAGGUGAUGUCACCUGACAGAGGAGACAAUGUUUUUUUUAACAGUGUCUGAUCAUCAUGAUUGAUCUGUCAAACAGGAAGUGAUCGCUGAUGAUGAUGUUUCUUUCUUCAUCGGUUACACCUGCUCCUCUUCAUCACUCAUAAGAAGCACUUUAUACAGAGAACAAACCUGUCAGGUGACUGAUGAGGAGAAGGAACACCUGUCAAUUAUUAAUAUUAUCUGACAGCAGCUGCUACUGACUGUGUGUGUGUGAGGGUGCGAGUGUGUGAUUAAACAUCAGAACACUGUAUAUAUGAAGUGGGCAUGGCCUUAGCGACAUCAUCCACUGGUGUUUGGACGUCUUCUUGAAAACCUCCAGGUUGACAUUGAGGCAGUUGCCGUGUUGUUGUUUUUUAUUUUGAUGUUUCAGAGCCUGAAGUGACCAUAUUUCGGCGAGUCUCUUUGGACAGAAGCCCGCCCUAAAACCUCCUCUAACUCUAAAUGGGACCAUAAUUCACUAAAUGAACAUUAUGCUGCGUUGAAUAAGACCUGAGGCUCGUUAGGAAAAGGUUAACUGAGGGAAUAAAUCACGGAGAAGUAGGACCAUUUAAUCAUAGACUUCUUUUUGCAACCAGUGUAGUCGCCCUCUGCUGGACAUUAGAGAGAAUGCAGGUCUGAGGCUUCACUGUAAAACAAAGAGGCUCCACGGCUUAUAUACAGUCUAUGAUAACAGCUAUGUGUGCCUGUGUGUGUGUGUGUGGGGGUCAGGUGUGUGCGCUCUGAUCAGGUGUGUUCCCUGACAAUCAUGAGCAGGUGUUUGUAUAUUCUGUAGAUUCAGUGUUGAGGUGAGCUGCUCUGAGGUCAGUUUGUUUUCUGUGAAAACUUUUGAGCUGCGUCUCUUUGGGACUUUAGUUAAAACGUCCCGUUUCUCCUCCAUGUUUUUUUUUUUUAUUUCUUAUUUUUUUGAUUCCGGAACAUUCUCAGAGCGCCGGCCCUUUAAGACGUUCAGUUCCCUGUCAGUAUGAACUGUUUGUAAGAUACAGAAACACAUUUAUACAUAUUUCAGUUGUUUUGUACACAGUGUCAUGAAUAAAUGUCAAAUAUAAGAAAGA